GUAUGGACAAUAGGAGAACUUCUGGGUAGCUGCCACUUGGAGCAAUUUCCUGCCUCCUCAAAAUAGUGGGUUGACUUUUCUAAAGUGGGCUUCAAGAGAAAAGCCCAAUGAUAAAGCCCAACUUCACUUGUCUCUUCAUUAUAUGGGUCCUACAGAAAUGUUGAGUCGUACAAAUGCAGUCCAAAGUAAGGGGGCCUACGCAAAUUAGUGGAAGAGGAGGAAAGCAGCAUAAAGAAGAGUUACAGUAAACCACACCAAACAGAGACCGCAAAUUCAACAUCCCCCAACCAUGCUCUGUUUUUCCAUUUUCCAAACAAGCCAUUUCUCUCUGUUUUUUGAAACUCUGCUUUGGGGAAAACGACGACCAUUCUUUAACAAGUGGGUUCUGGGAAUUCCAUUAUCGUCCUUGUCCAACACUUUGUUUGAUGGGAUUGUUUGUAUCCCUUCAGCACUUCCUUUCACUCGAGCAAGCACCCCUGUUCCUGUAUUGUACCAGUCUUUUGGCAGCUACACCGACCACAAAUAUGAUGUCUCAUCCUAAGUUCGGAGCACAAAUAAUGGCACCCCCCCAUGUUCUUUAAUUCCCACUUCUCAUAAAACUAUUUAAAGUGUUUCUUCUUUUUCCUUGAAUACUCUCUUUCAAGCUUUCAAUCCUGCAUUUACUCUUCACACCCCACAACCAAUUUAGGCCCCACCCCCUCUAUCGCCUCAUCUUUCACUUACUCCCCAACCAAUCCUUUAUAUGUAUAUAAAUACACAUCCUCUGUUGCAAAGAAUAUGAAUAUGAUAUUCUUUUUUAUUGACAUGAUGAAGGAGCAGCCAUGAGAGGUUGCCAUGAGACUCGCUCUUCUUCUUCUUGUGCAGCCUGCAAAUUGCUCAAGAGAAGAUGCACUCCCACUUGUAUAUUUGCGCCUUAUUUUCGGUCUGAUGAGCCUAAGAAGUUUGCUAAAGUUCAUAAGGUUUUUGGGGCCAGUAAUGUGAGCAAGAUUCUGACUGAGGUGCCUGAGGAGCAGAGAGAGGACACUGUGAACUCUUUGGCUUAUGAGGCUGAGGCCAGGCUGAGAGACCCUGUUUAUGGCUGCAUCGGUGCCAUAGCUCUGUUACAGACUAAAAUGGUGGAGCUUCAACAUGAUCUUGCCAUUGCCAAAGCUCGCCUUGCUCGUUAUGCUGAUUCUGAUCAUAAUUAUAACACCUUUUCUUCUUCUUCUUCUUCUUCUUCUUCUCCUUCUUCUUUGGGUGUUUUGGAAAAUUGUGUUGUUAAUAUGCCUUAUGGUGGAUUGAGCAUCGCUGCAGGGCAGAGCUCUUCCGCAAUCACCCAAUAUGGAUAUUUAUGUGACUUCACCCACUUUCCUUAUCCAUUUAAAGCUUGAAACUUUGAACUCUCUCUCUGUCUCUCUGUCUCUAUCAUCAGGGUUUGAUGAAGAAUUUCAUUUUUUUGUUUCUGUAUAAAGAAGCCCAACUUGAUUGUAGUUGAGAAUUUCUGUUAUGAUA